UGUCAGACAUGCGCAAGAGCGUCAGCAGCAGCACCAACACCACCGCUGCGCUGCGUUUCCGCCUUGGCUGAGCGGCGCACACAGCCGAGAGGGGAGGGGAGGGAAGCCGAGAAGAAGAACGGACCCACUGAGACGCAGUGGAGCACAGCACUGACUCCGAGCAAAUUACACCGACGCACCAAUAUCCAGGCAGCCCGUCUCCAAAUUUACACGUCAACAAGCGACCUGUGCCGUGGCGCGCUAGAGCCUUUCAGCAUGGAGACUGCGCUAAAAAACAAGCACUAAAAUGUGAGAUUUACGGAGGAAAUCAGAAGAGCGAGCGAGCGAGCGAGCGUGUGUAUGUAUGUGUGUGUGAGAGAAAGUGGCUAUCCCCUUUAUCUUUUGCGGGUGAUCUCAAUUCUGUGCUCUGCAGUCUGAAAAUGAAGAAGUUCAACAUCAGGAAGGUGCUGGACGGCUUGAAAGAGGUGUCCUCCUCCACCCCGUCUGUCCAAGUGGGGCCACAGGAGAACCAUCUGAUCCAGGAGACCCUCCAGUCCGAUCAUUUCCAGCUCUGCAAGACUGUCCGUCAUGGCUUCCCCUAUCAGCCAUCGUCCAUGGCUUUCGACCCCGUGCAGAAGAUACUGGCCAUUGGCACCCAGAGUGGAGCUCUCAGAUUGUUUGGUCGUCCAGGCGUGGAGUGUUACUGUCAGCACGAGAGUGGAGCAGCCGUCAUCCAUCUACAGUUUCUCAUCAAUGAGGGAGCGCUGGUGAGUGCUCUGGCUGAUGACAGUGUCCACCUGUGGAACCUGAGGCAGAAGAGACCAGCCAUCCUCCACUCCCUCAAGUUCAGCAGAGAGAGAAUAACUUUCUGCCACCUGCCCUUCCAGAGUAAAUGGUUGUACAUCGGCACAGAACGAGGGAACAUCCACCUCGUCAACGUGGAGUCCUUUAUGCUCUCAGGCUACGUCAUCAUGUGGAACAAAGCCAUUGAAUUGUCCUCCAAGGCUCACCCUGGACCAGUUGUCCACAUAAGUGACAACCCCAUGGAUGAGGGAAAGCUUAUAAUUGGAUUUGAGGCUGGGAUCGUGGUCCUGUGGGAUCUGAAAUCAAAGAAGGCCGACUAUCGCUACACUUACGAUGAGGCGAUCCACUCAGUUGCCUGGCAUCACGAGGGCAAGCAGUUCAUUUGCAGUCACUCAGAUGGAACUCUGACCAUAUGGAACAUCAGAGGCCAGGGCAAGCCCAUACAGACAAUCACCCCACAUGGAAAACAGCCCAAGGACGGGAAGAAGCCAGAGCCUUGCAAACCCAUUCUCAAAGUGGAGUACAAAACCACUAGAAUUGGGGAGCCCUUUAUAAUCCUGUCUGGUGGUCUGUCCUACGACACGGUGGGCCGGCGGCCUUGUUUGACGGUAAUGCACGGGAAAAGUACCGCUGUGCUGGAGAUGGACUAUCCUAUAGUAGACUUCCUUACACUCUGUGAGACACCAUACUCUAAUGAUUUUCAGGAACCUUACGCUGUGGUGGUCCUUCUAGAAAAGGAUUUAGUGGUGAUCGACCUUGCACAAAAUGGUUACCCUAUAUUCGAGAACCCCUAUCCUCUGACUAUCCACGAGUCUCCUGUGACCUGCUGCGAGUACUUUGCUGACUGCCCUGUGGACCUCAUACCUGCACUUUACUCUGUUGGCUCGCGGCAGAAACGACAGGGCUACAGCAAGAAGGAAUGGCCUAUUAAUGGCGGAAACUGGGGUCAAGGCACACAGAGCUACCCAGAGAUCAUCAUCACUGGGCAUGCUGAUGGAACUGUGAAGUUCUGGGAUGCCUCUGCAAUAAUGCUCCAGGUGCUCUAUAAGCUCAAAACAGCCAAGGUGUUUGACAGAAACCGGUCCAAGGAGGACAAGAGCAGCACCGAGGUGUCAGAUGAAGACCCCUUUGCCAUUCAGAUCAUGGCCUGGUGCCCUGAGAGCCGGAUGCUGUGUGUGGCCGGGGUGUCAGCCAAUGUUAUCAUCUACCGCUUCAGCAAACUGGAAGUAACUACUGAGGUGGUGCAGUUACUAGAGGUGCGAAUGCAGUACGAGCUGAACGACAUAGAGUCUCCAGACGGCGGGGGUGGAGGGGGAGAACAGACAUCAGCGCUUCCCACCCCUGGUGCCUCACCUCAGACAAGCGGCCCACCUUCACAUCCCUCCACGAGCAGCAACAACUCUGACGGAGGCAACAUGCCCUGCCUCAAAGUACGCAGUACUCCUCUGAAGCAGUCUGCAGGUUACCAGGUAGAUUUGGUGGUCCAGUUAGUGUGGGUGAGCGGGGAGCCUCCGCAGCAGAUCACAAGUCUGGCGCUCAAUUCCUCCUACGGCCUUGUGGUGUUUGGCAACAGCAACGGUCUGGCUGUGGUGGACUACGUCCAGAAGACGGUAGUGCUCAACUUGGGGACGGUCGAGCUUUAUGGCUCCAAUGACCCCUACCAGAGACAGCCCCGCUCGCCAAGAAAGUCACGACAGCCUUCUGGAGGUCUGUGCGACAUCAACGAGGGCUCAGCCACAUCAGAGGACCGCUGCAAGUCCCCUACUUCAGUGUUGAUGUCAAACAGCAAUCUACCGCAAUUCUACAAUGGAGGUGGUAGAGGAGCAAAGAUGUCACGGAAAUUAAGCUUGCCUACUGAGCUAAAGCCAGACUUGGUCCUCCUGUCUGUAUGCCCGCCGCGGGGUGCCAACCCAUUAGACCACAGGGACAAUUCUUUCAGCCGCUCGCGCUCCUCCAGCGUCACCAGCAUCGACAAGGAAGCACGAGAGUCCAUCAGCUCCUUCCACUUUAGUGACACCUUUGCCCGGAAGGGGGACAGCGCUUUGACACCCUGCCUGUAUGUGGGCACUACUCUGGGCACUGUGCUGUCUCUAGCGCUCACAUUACCACCUGCUGGGGAGCAACGGCAACUGCAGCCAGUUAUCAUUUCACCUACGGGCAUUUUGGUGCGGCUGAAGGGCAGCGUCAUGCGGAUGGCUUUCCUGGACUCAACAGGUUCGAUGCUGCCCCCUCCGUUUGAGCCCUGGUUUGAGCCCAACGUUACAGCAGAUGGUGAAGAAAGAGAGAAGGUCCGUAAGCGUCGGCCUGUCUCAGUAUCCCCUUCUACCUCCCAGGACCUCAAUGAGAGCCAGUAUGCUGUGGUGUGUUCCGAGAAACAGGCCAAAGUCAUUUCCCUCCCCUCCCAGACCUGCAUCUAUAAACACAGUAUCACAGAGACCUCCUUCAUCCUAAGGGCAGAUGUGGUGCAAAUGAGCCAAGGUGUGUCUCUGGCUUGUUUCUGUGCCAAUGGCCACAUCAUGACCCUCAGUGUGCCGGGACUGAGACCGCUCAUGGAUGUAAACUACCUGCCUUUGACAGACAUGCGGAUAGCAAGGACCUUCUGCUUCACCAACCUGGGUCAGGCCAUGUACCUCUGCUCCCCCACUGAGAUCCAGAGGAUUACUUACAGCCAGGAUACCUGUGAAAACCUACAGGAGAUGCUGGGUGAACUUUUUACACCAGUGGAGACACCAGAGGCACCCAACAGAGGGUUCUUCAAAGGCCUCUUUGGGGGAGGAGCACAGUCGCUGGACAGGGAGGAGCUAUUUGGUGAGGUGUCAGCUGGAAAGGCAUCACGAAGUCUGGCCCAGCACAUCCCAGGCCCGGGUGGCAUUGAGGGCAUGAAGGGGGCAGCGUCUGGUAUAGUUGGAGAUCUGGCACGCGCCCGGAUAGCACUGGAUGAAAGAGGCCAGAAACUGGGCGAGCUGGAUGAGAGGACAGCUGCCAUGAUGGCCAGCGCAGACUCCUUUUCCAAACAUGCCCACGAGAUGAUGCUGAAGUGCAAAGACAAAAAAUGGUACCAGUUCUGAUCAGUGACAGUGGAGGAGCAGAGCUCCAUGGACACAACUGUCACCUUCCAUUGGCCCAUUUGGACUCACCGUGACCCCCACCCAUGCGUCUGUCCAUUCAUCCAUCCUUCCAAGCCUUCUUCACUGGGACACUUGGGAUUUUCUUCCCUAGCACAAUGUUGAAUACUGUUCUUACCUCAGUCUAAAGGGUGGAACUGAGGGGUAGACAGGGGAGAAGGACAACCUCAGAGGGAGCAAAUAAAUGGUGUCUUGUUAUGUUUUUGUCUCUUAGUUUAUCUCUGUUCAACUUCUCCUCCGAGGUAGCCAAUUGGCCCAAGCACCUGGAGAUUCAUCAUUCUGAUUUGCCAAAAUGUCCUUUACUGUUGUCUCCACUCUGAGCCCAUCGGGGCCAGUAUUCAAACCGACGAACAUAGCUGAAAAAAAGACAAAUACCUAAUGAAGAAACAGACUACAAACAUUCUUAAAAUGUAAAAAGAAGGAAUACGAAUCUAAAUACAUCAUUAUAUAUACAUAAAGCUAAUAAAUGUGCAACGCUGUAUCCACCUCUGACUGACAAGUACAAAAGUAAGGAAUAACUCAUCGAGGAGACAGGAGCAGGGUGUGAAGGCCGAAGAAGGAGGCGUUGAAGUGCCAGGGGAAGUGCUGCGUCAGCGAUGCCUCCUCUAUGCAGAGUCACAGGGAUGAAAACAACGUAUUCUGAUGUACACUGGAUAUUUCGUCAUCUCGCUCAACCUGUAGACUCUCCUCUGUAUCUUACAGACUUUCAUAUCGUUACCAACAGUGUGUGCGUGUAUGUGUUAAUUUCUAUUUUCUUGCCAUUCCUCUAUUUGUUAUUUGUUGGGUUUUUUGCUCUUGUCUAUUAUUGGAAAAUCUCUUAUUUUUCUAUUGUUGUGAAAGUGGAUGAUAUAUGAUUUGUUGAAAAAAUACAUUUUGUGGCUUUUAUCUAACAACUCAAAUUAAUUUCUCCUGACGAAAAGGGCUGGAAUCUAAAAGGAGGGCAAGGAUAUAAAAGGCAUAUAUCGUUAAGUACUCACUGACAUGGCAACAUCAGCUGUCUUGACUCUGAAAUCUCAAAGCAAGUGCGUAUGAACCACACACGUUUAUUGUUUACCUAAGGAUUUCAUUUAUUGACCUGUGUGAUGUGAUGUGAACUGCCUCCCUCACCCUCUAAUGUCAUAAUCUUCCACAGUUUGGCUUAGUCUGUGAGUGCGACUGUACAAAUGCUGAUGAGAUCAGUGUUAAAUACGUCCAGCCAGAUUUGGUGGAGUUUCCAAAUUCUGGAAUCAAUAUGGAGAUUACAUACACAUGAGUAGUAACCCUAUUUAUGUGUUUUCAUAUAUGCAGGAUAAUAGAGAUACUGAUGUAUAAUCCUUUAAAGGCAUACAUUUAAAACAUAUUUCAGGUUUUGCUGACAGUUGUCUGUAUGAGAAAGUUGUCUGUGUGAUUUAUUUGUUAAUAUUUAUUUAUUGAGGUGCAAGACAGUUGUGUUUGGUGUCAGAAACGUUCACCUUCAUUAUUAUCUCGUUUCUAUUUCCAUAUUUGCAGUGAAGCUCAAAUGUGGUGUAUCUCUCUGUCUACCAAGCUUUUAAUCUUUAUUUGUAUAUAAGUAAAUAGUUUGACAAUCUAAGACCAACUGGAAAGUAAAUGUCGAGGUUUCUCAUGCAACAGAAGAGGAGAGAGGCCAUAUUUUUUCUGACGCCAAAGAGUUGCUUUAGCUUUUCCAUUGCAUUAUCGUUUGGCUCGUCACUCUACCAGACAGUAUACGGUAAUAUGUGUUAUACAAUAUAACUUCACCCAUGGAGUGCAGACCCGGGAUCAGGUCCAUUUGGGAAUGUGGUCAUCUUCAUCACAUUUCAGGGUUCAAGAAAUGGAGCAAGUUGCAAUGGAACUCAGCCAUUUAUAGUAGUAUUGUUUCACAUUAUGUCAUAAAAAUGUAACAUUUGGACUAAUGUUUAAUGUUUGAAGGGGCCUAACUGUUGGCUGAUAAGGCCUGAACCAUUCCACUACAGCUGAAACACAACAAUAUUUAUGGUAUUUGUGUGUGUGUCUGUGUGUGUGUGUGUGUGUGUGUGUCAGGGUGUGCUCAUGUAAAUUAAUGGAUAUCAUUUAAGAUUUGGGUUGUUUAAUAAUUGAUGUUUAUGUCCUAGUCUCACCAGUCAGCAGACUGUGUCCAGUUGAGUGUCUGUUACACUAACUAAAGCCACCAAUGACGAUAAAAAGAUAACAACAGGAUAAUGUACAAUAGAGGAUGAUCUCUAAACUAUGGUUUAAUUUCACUGGCGCAUGUCUAGGCCCAUGCUUAGACUCUGCUUCACUUCAGUCUUUGCCUUUCUCUCUUCCUCAGUAAGUGUACCACUGACUCUCUUGGUUCCACAGCGACAGAUAUGGCCUUCUCUGUGUUUAGUCAGCAUUGUAGUGUGGAUGUUGGUAAGUAGCUCUGUCUCUAACCCCCAAAGUGAAGAAUAGGAAAAAAAAACAACUUCAGGAAAAAGAACUAGUUUUAGCUAGAAGUCAUCCCUGAAAACCUGUUCAAUGUCUUUCCCUCCGACCCAACUGUUAUUUAUGUGUUUCAGGUUUUUUCUUUUUCAAUGUUAUACUUGUUUUUCAUCUUUGUGUGAUUUGUUUCUUGUCCAUACACUACAGUAUGCAGUAUUCUUACCCAAUACAAUCCACACACUCAAGCAACAAGAGGGAGUCCUGUCUAUCUGCCAUAUGCCAUCUUCUGUCCUGGAUUCAACAGCUAUCAGUGGGUUGCAGUAUUUUUCUCAUUGUAGCCAAUUUUCUUGUACAGUUUUAUGCAACUUUCACAUGGAUGUUUAUGACUUUAUCUGCUGCCACACAAAUUUAGAAAUUCUGUAGAUAGAGAUUACUGUGCAAUGGAAAAUAAAAGUUUAAAAUGUU